AUGGUGGGCUAUGGGCAGACCGUGGUGGGAGCUUCGUUUUUAGACGACCGACUAGGCCUGAACUUGGUUCCCAAGACUCGCUUAGUUGGACUGGUCAGCACUUCAUUUCAUUACCCGUAUAAAGUCCGCAAGAACUGGGAGCGCUUCGGAAAACCUUUGCCUAUUAAAGUAGGCUCACUUCAACAGUUUCUUGUUGGAUAUGAAAAUGCAAGCAAAUUCUUCCAGCGGCAUACUCUUCCAGGUCGACCUAAAGAUUUGAUGGAACGGGAUCUUACCGAGGAGCAGAAAGCCCAUCGCCUUAGUCGUCGAAAGCAGGGCGCUCGUCUACGUCUGUUCUUCAUUGCAUUAAAAAGACUGUUCUUGUGCCGAUAUGGUCCUGGCCCUUAUGGUAGCGACGAACCACUCGAUGAGGAAGCCAAUCCAAUUCAGAAUAAUAUUGGCAAUGGAGUUUAUCCACGUUCUGAAAUGAGAUUCCCUGAAUCCACAUUUCAAUGGACUGAAGAAACAUUCCAUGACCUUCGGCUUGAACUUGAAAAGCUCAUACUUUUGGAUAUUCUAAUGAGGAACACGGAUCGCGGCCUCGAUAACUUCAUGAUCCAUUAUAAUCCUGCACCAGCUCCGGGAGAAAGAAGAAUCAAGAUUGGAGCAAUCGAUAACAGUCUUUCAUUCCCUCAUCAGCAUCCACAAGGUCUAAGGGACUACCCUUACGGUUGGCUCUUUCUACCCGCGGGAUUAAUUGGGCAACCAUUUAGCCAGGAAACGCGUCAGCUAUUCCUGCCGAAACUUACAGAUCCUGUUUGGUGGGUUGGUACAAUCGAAGGUCUGCGGCAGAUCUUCAGCCAAGAUAUACAUUUUAAUGAACGGAUCUUUCAAAACCAGAUGGAUUUGAUAAGAGGCCAGGGCUGGAACAUUGUCCAGUCAUUGCAGUCACCUCAUGAUGGACCUAUUGAGUUGUGUGCACGGCAAAAGUGUAUGGUUCGGAGCACUUUACAGAUGAUGAGCAGCUCGGAGUUAUCUAAGCAUACAGUUGUGGACUUGGUGCAUGGAUCUAUCUCUUUUUCGCACAAAGACCGCAGGAGCACGUCAAUAAACCAUGUAUAUGGGAUUCCUCAAGCAACAACAAUCUUGAAGUCGAAACAAUCUCCCGAUGACAAUCGAUCUUUACUGGCAUCGUCUGUGCCAAGUUCAAGUAUGCUUUCAAGAUCAGCUUCGUUGCAAAGAGAGCACGACAGAGCCAUUGACAUCGUGGAGCGUAUGGAAAAAGCUUCACGUGUGAAUGUCGAGAAAAACAAAAUUGACGAGAUGAGAAUGGACACACGGGAGCUAAAGCCGUCACAGCGUGUCCAACCUUUAGACCUAGCAAUUACGUCAAGACCGUUUACACGUCCAACACCUGUUUUAGUAGAAAGCCUCGAGCCUAUUACGCGGCGGGCGUGGCUGUCGUCGUGUUAA